UCUAAGUCAAUCGAGAAGUAAAGGGAUCACGUCCUCGGGAUUGUCAAAUAUCUAUGACUCCCUGAUACAAGCAUACCGCCGAGCAACUGCAAAGAUAGAGUGGAAUGGAGUUUGACGUGAGAGUAGCCGCCGGAAUCGAGAGCUGCUUCGUUUCGCUUCCGAUUACUUUUAUAAAUACCUUAGCGUCCACCGCCGGCUCCGGCUACCUUCCUCCGAUUCUUGCUCUCCAGCUCCGCUCUUCCCACAACAACCUCUGGCACGUCGCUUGGUCGGGCUCAGCCUCUUCCCCUCCUUCAGCUUCCUCUAUCCAGAUUGCUCAGCAAUAUGCGGAGUGUAUCGGGUUGUCGGACGGGACGGUUGUUGAAGUUCGAGUUGUUUCCAAUUUGCCGAAGGCGAGUAUGGUUACCAUAGAGCCGGACACUGAGGAUGAUUGGGAGGUUAUGGAGCUUAAUUCCGAGCUUGCAGAGCAAGCUAUUCUAAAGCAGCUCAGUAUUGUCUAUGAAGGAAUGAGAUUCCCUUUGUGGCUACAUGGGCAAAGUGUUAUAAAAUUUUUUGUUUCCUCUACCUCUCCAAAGACACCGGUAGUACAACUUGUCCCAGGAAGUGAAGUUGCAAUUGCCCCAAAGAGACGGAAAAGAAAUUUGAGUUCUGAAGAAGAGUCAUCAAUAGCUUCUGAUGAGAUUUCCAUCACAAAGGCACUACUGAGAGUCCAAGAUCCAGCUGAGCAAUGUAUUCACAAAUAUGAAGGCUGUGGUGAUGAGAUGGAAGUGACUCUUACUUCUGCUAUCUUGAUUCAUCCAGAGACAGCUAAUCUGUAUUCUUUUCAUUCUCUUGAGGUGGUGGUAAUAAUGGCCAGAUCACUACCCAAAGAGAGCAAAACGGGUAAUCAAACAGAUAAAGAAAAAACCAGUGCAAAACCAAAGGAAGUAGAUGGUGGAGUGCAUAGUUACAAUGAGGAUGACAAUGAAGCUGUAGUUCGUGUAUUAUUUUCAAAAUCAGUUGCUAAAGGACAUGUUAUGCUUCCAUUGCCUCUUCGACUUUAUUUGAGAGCAUCAGUACACUCAUGGGUAUUUGUGAAGAUAUCCAACUUUAACUUACAGAAAGAGAUCCCUUUUGUCUCAAUUUCACCCUGCCAAUUUAAAAUGAUUGAGGAGGAUGGGGAUUUUGGAAGCAAUGAAGCUGAAGUUUUGGCCAACAGGAAGAACCACAAAGUGAGGACCAACUCACACACUAACAUGGGUGUGAUUGAUUGGUCAGUACAUGAGAAAAUAGCUAUGAGUUAUUCUUAUGAAUCUCCAAGCAACAAGAACAAGGAAACCAAGUACAAGAAUAUGAAGGGAAUAACUAAUGUCCUUCGUGCAUGGUUUCUGGCUCAAAUUGAUGCUACUACAUCACUGGCAGGGUUAGGAGUCAAUUCAUUGAUUUUAGGGAAUAAAACAUUACUUCACAUAAAAGUUCCUGGCAAUAGAUUGAUAAAACAUGGAAAAGUACAAACACAAAAUUCUGUUCCUUUGGGAAGCAAAGAUGGAAUUGGAGAGCAAUCAGUAGAUCUCUUUUAUGUUUUGUCUAUUAUUGACAAAUCUGCACCUGCUGAAAAGGCUGUUGCAUAUCAACUUGUAUUUGAUGAAGGAAAUGACAUCUCUACUACUAUGAGACACAGACACAUGGAAGUGUUACUUGGAAAGUUGCAAUUGAGUGAUGGGUUCUCUUUUCAGACUACUGCUGAGAGUUUAUCAGCAAAAGACCCCAAUAUGACAGUUUCAUCAUUGAAUUGGAUGGGUACUGCUGCCUCUGAUGUGAUUACCAGAUUGACAGUUUUAUUAUCUCCUACUUCUGGGAUGCUGUUUAGUACAUAUGAUCUUCCUCUGCCAGGACAUAUUCUAAUUCAUGGUCCUCCUGGUUGUGGGAAGACGCUAUUAGCUACCGUAGCUGCAAAAGUUCUUGAAGAAAAUGAAGAAAUCCUGGCACACAUAGUUUGUGUGUCUUGUUCUAAACUUGCUUUGGAGAAACCCUCUUCCCUUCGUCAAGCCUUAAUAAGAUACAUAUCAGAAGCCGUGGAACAUGCUCCAUCAAUCAUAAUAUUUGAUGAUCUUGACAGCAUUAUUGCAUCCUCCUCUGAAUCAGAUGGUUCUCAACCUUCAUCCUCAUCCACUGCCCUUGUACAAUUCUUUGCUGAUAUCAUGGAUGAAUAUGAGGAAAAGCGAGCAAACACAUGUGGAAUUGGGCCUGUUGCAUUUGUAGCUUCCGUGCAGACCUUGACUAGUAUCCCACAAACAUUGAGCUCUUCUGGGAGAUUCGAUUUUCACAUCAAACUUCUGGCUCCUGCUGCAACAGAACGUGAGGCCUUACUGAGACAUGAAAUUAAUAAGCGUUCUUUACAAUGUUCCCAUGAUGUCUUGACGGAUGUAGCUUCCAAAUGUGAUGGAUAUGAUGCAUAUGAUCUGGAAAUACUGGUUGAUAGAUCUAUUCAUGCUGCUGUCAGUCGUAUUUUAUCCAGUUCAUCAUGUUUAAGCGACAAAGAAAGACCUACUCUAAUUAAGGAUGAUUUUACUCAUGCAAUGCAUGAAUUCCUUCCAGUUGCAAUGCGUGAUAUUACUAAACCUUCUUCAGAUGGUGGACGCACUGGUUGGGAGGAUGUUGGGGGUCUUAAUGACAUCUGCAAUGCUAUAAAAGAGAUGAUUGAGUUACCUUCGAAGUUUCCAAAUAUCUUUUCACAAGCUCCAUUAAGGAUGCGGUCCAAUGUCCUAUUGUAUGGUCCCCCUGGUUGUGGCAAGACACACAUUGUUGGUGCUGCUGCUGCUGCAUGUUCCCUACGGUUUAUCUCAGUCAAAGGCCCUGAACUGCUGAAUAAGUACAUUGGUGCUUCUGAGCAAGCUGUUCGCGAUAUAUUUUCUAAAGCAGCUUUAGCAGCACCAUGCCUUCUGUUUUUUGAUGAAUUUGAUUCUAUUGCACCCAAGAGGGGGCAUGAUAACACUGGUGUGACAGAUAGAGUAGUAAAUCAAUUUCUAACAGAAUUGGAUGGUGUUGAAGUCUUGACUGGUGUUUUUGUUUUUGCUGCAACAAGUAGACCUGAUUUGCUUGAUGCUGCUCUCCUACGGCCUGGGAGAUUGGAUCGUCUGUUGUUUUGUGAUUUUCCUUCACCACGUGAGAGGUUGGACAUUCUUAGAGUUCUUUCAAGAAAGUUACCACUUGAAAGUAACGUGAACUUGGAAGCGAUAGCACAUAUAACCGAAGGGUUGAGUGGAGCUGAUCUGCAAGCGCUUCUUUCUGAUGCACAGCUUGAAGCCGUACAUGACAUCCUGAACGGUGAAAAUGGUGAGCAGUCUGGCAAGAUGCCUGUGAUUACCGACACUCUUUUGAAACGCAUUGCGUCCGUGGCAAAGCCCUCGGUUUCAGAAAACGAAAAGCGGCGCUUAUACGACAUCUACAGCCAGUUUUUGGAUUCAAAAAGAUCAGUUGCUUCCCAGUCUAGAGACGCAAAAGGCAAGAGAGCCACCCUCGCUUGAGCUUGAGGAUCAGUUACAGCAAAUGAAUUUGAAAACCCAAAUUCUCAGUUCAACAUCUUCUUCUUGUCACGGUAUGGAUGUAUCAAACUCUUUUUUUCUCCGCUACCAACAAUUUUUCUGCUUAAUUAACAUAGUUACUCGAUAUCUAUCUUAGGUUAAAAUGUUUGGUAGAUUUUUCCUUAUAAUUUUGGUUACUUUAAUGUCAAUAUUUACUAAUUCUAUUCAAAUACUUGGUUGAUUUGAGGACUAAAAAGAAAGAAUGAACAUUUAAAUGGCC